AGGUAGUAGAUCUAUACUAGAUUCUAGAAUCUAGAUCUAUUCUAGUCUAGAUUGAGUAUAAAAAAAAAUUAGAUCUAGACUAGAAUAAUUAUUAUCUAGAUCUAUGACUAUGGGUAAUAGAUCACUCUGAGUCUAUGAUUCAUAUUAAUCAGCAACAGAUAUGUUGAAGCUAGUUAUCCUGUCGGCAUUGUCACUGCUUAUUGCAGUGCUGCUGUGUAGAACUGUUUACCUUUCUAAAAGAGGUCCCCAAGUUGCGGAAUGUAAAUCAAGUGAUUCUGAUUUCAUAGAGCUGACAGAUUCAAAAUUAAAUAAAUUUCAAGAAGCCCUGCGUUUUAAGACAGUAAGCUACGAUGACAUUGAUUACAACAAAGAGGAAUUAGGGAAAUAUGUGAAAUUCAUUAUUCAAAAUUUUCCUCAUCUUAUGAAUUGUACUUUUGUUCAAUGGGAGGUAGUGAACAAUUACAGUUUACUUUUCACUGUGAAAGGAAGUGACUCGAGCCUAAAACCUUACCUCCUCAUGGGCCACCUUGAUGUAGUGCCAGCCUCAAAUCUCAAAGCAUGGGAUGCUCCACCAUUCUCGGGUCAAAUUCUGAACGGCUUUAUAUAUGGCAGGGGUGCCAUAGAUAUGAAACAUUCUGUUAUGGCUAUUUUAGAAGCUGCUGAAUACCUUGUAAUAAAGGGAAUAGUGCCCAAGCGCUCCUUUUACAUCGCUUUUGGUCAUAAUGAGGAGCUUUUUGAUGGUAGUGAAGCAUAUAAAUUGGCCCAGGAGAUAGUGAAACAAGGCGUCACAGAAUUGGAAUUUAUUUCAGAUGAAGGAAUGCCUUUGUCUGAAGGUCUUUUGCCAGGCGUUUCAGUACCUGUUGCUAGUAUUGGUGUAAGUGAAAAAGGUUCUUUGUUGAUGAAGUUAUCUGUCCAUGGUGAGCCAGGUCACUCCUCCAUGCCGCCGAGGGAGUCAACAAUUGGAAUUCUUGCCAAUGCUGUGAACAAUCUUGAGACCAACCUGCACCCAAGUAUGUUAGGUCAAGGAGUUGAGACUGAUAUGCUAGAACAACUUGUACCAGAGAUGAAUAUCUUUCAACGAGUUUUGAUGGCCAAUAUUUGGUUCUUUAAGCCUCUUUUAUCUUGGGUAAUGUCCAUGAAACCUUUGACUAGUGCAACCAUUAGAACAGUGACCGCUGUAACAAAAUUCCAGGCUGGUAUCAAGAAUAACAUCAUUCCUCCGCACGCUGAAGCUAUAGUGAAUCAUAGAAUACAUCCAUCUCAGACAGUUGAUGAGGUUAUCAAAUUUGACAAAUCAGUUAUUGCUGAUGAUCGAGUCAACAUAGAGGUGUUAAAUAAGAUGGAGCCCCACCCAGUUGCAGGCUAUGGAAAGAAAGAUUUUGGCUUUCAGGUUUUAAAAACUACCAUAAAUCAAAUCUGGCCGAAAGCACUUGUUGUUCCUGCUAUAAUGCUAGGCAACACUGACACUCGCUUCUAUCUCAACUUUACCAAAAAUGUGUAUCGCUUCUCACCAACCUACAUGUAUCCUGGAGACGCCGCUCGGUUCCAUGGCAUCAAUGAGCGUUUGUCCAUUAAAAACUACGAACAGGCAAUCAACUUUUUCUACCACUUGAUGAGAAAUGCUGACCGUGCUGAUUUAGUAUCUACUCAUGAAGGUCACCACGACCUAUAGAUAACGGGGAAAAAGUGCAUGCUAACAUCAUAGGUUAUACAUACCUUCAAUGUAUUUUUUCGACAUUUUGCUAGCAUCUUUUGAUGCAUGGCAUUGAAAUUUUUAUUUAUAAAAGUCUAAUGAGUUUAAUGAACAAUUCGUUGUACAUGGUGUUUUGAGAUUCAAAGAGAUUUUUUUAAAUUAUGUAUUUAUAUAUAUAUAUAUAUAUAUAUAUGUAUAUAUAUAUAUGUAUAUAUAUAUAUAUGCACAUUAUUUUCAGUGUAUUUGUUCAGCCUGUGUGUAUGUGUAUUUUUACAGCCUAGGUAUUUGUAUAGCCUGUGUGUAUUUAGUGACAAACUUCAAGCCCCUCCUCAUUGUCAUUAAUCAUGCUUUUAAUGCCAGGUCAGUAAAUUUCACAAUAUUAUGCACAUUUAUUAUUGUUUAUUAUUAGGACCCACUCAGCAUAUUGAAAGAUAUUUUAUAGCUACGGACAUAUUUGCAAUACAUUGUGUUUUAUGUAUCAAAUGCUUUUAAUAUAUGUUUGUUAUUAGUUGUUUAAGCCGUCAGAUCACACUAUUUGUUUUGUAUGGGAGAAAACAAAAAGGUUUGCUUUUCUCUCAGUGAUUAUGUUGUCUGUAUUGGACAGGGGCAAAAAGUGCCUACCUUUUCAAACUAUUUUUAAUUUUAGUGUUUGGGCAAAAAGUGCCUACCUUAAUUAAUUAAUUUAUUUUUAUUUUAUUGUUUGAAUAAAAAGAAUAUUUUGUCAAUUAAAAAUGUAAAGAAAUAUAAUCAUUAUAAAAUGAUUGAUGGAGAAUCAACUAAUUUAAGUAACCUUGAAACAGUGGCCUGAAGAAGUCACAUCAUCUAAGAUAAAACUGCACUUAUAAUUCAAUUCAACAAAUCAACUCACCAUGAUUAUUUAUUUCAUUUUAUCAUAUAGAGUUUGUAUUGUACUUAAUUAGUGUGAGAAUCCUUCCAUGUUGUCUAAUACGUCUCUAACAAGAUAAUAUAAGAACUGAAAGUGGAAUGUUCAAUUCAAUGGUAAAAUCUAUGAGUUUAUUCACACUCUGCCUAGUGACCUCUUUAGUCAUUUCUUGUUUGUCUACAGUACUUUUUUUUUCCAAAAACUGCUAUCUAUUAGAAUUGUAAAUGGAGCUCUGCCAUAAAUUACCAGCUGCUUGACUUUCCAUUUUUGUUUUGUUGUUACAACGUCAUCCUUUGCAGUAUUACACUAGUUUAUAAAACAUUUCUUUUCAAAGCAGCCAUACAUAAACAUAUUAUUACUUUCACUGCAGGAAUACAUAAACAUAUUAUUACUUUCACUGCAUAAUGGCUGCCUGGUCGUGCGGUUUUAUCGCUGGACUGUCGUUCGUAUUUCUCGAUGGUCGAGAGUUCAAACCCAGCCUGCUCCCAUCCCCCGUCGUCCUGCGGGAGGUUUGGACUAGGAAGUAAACUAUCUUCAACUGAAGGAACAUCCGAAACAUGUCAAACAUUUUACAACAAACAAACAUAAGCAUACUAUUUAUUGACAUUUUUUCAGACUUUCUGUAGAUUUUGUUUGCUUGCCAACUUCUGGCAGAAAACAUUUCGUGUGCUGUAUUUUCCCAUCUAGUUCUUUUGUUGGGUUUUGAUUGUCUUUUUUUUUUUUUUGGUCUAGUUGCCAGAAUGUCAUUAUACUAAAUGCUGCAUCUAAUGGUUCAUACAUUUUAAAAUAAAAAUAAAGGACAGCAAUGUUGCGAUCAUGUGAUGGCCCAUCUGUCUAUAUCAGUCUGUGGCAUUUUACAUCUGAAGAGUCAAUCUUUUUCCUUUCCAACUUUACUUGUGACUAAAGUGACCAAUCCUUGAUAGCAUGUUGAUAAUAAAGCCAAAAGUCUUUUUCUUUAUUCAUGAAGUUGCUGAAAAGUAAAAAAAAAAAACUUUACAAUCAUUUUUUAAUAAUGUUUUUUUUUUAGUUGUUGAAAGUCAUUAGAAAAUCAGUUUUAUGAUAGCAGCAAGUAGAUUGUUCAAUUCUAAAAAGUGCUGCUGCUGUUUCCUUGAAAUAAUGUGUAUAAUGACCAUAACGGUUGAUCGUAGUAAAAAAAAAGAUAUAUUAUUAUAUUACAUAUUUUGUUUGUUGAUCAUUGAUUGCUCAUUGAUUUGAAAUAGUAUAUGAUGCUGUAUACAUAUGUCAUGCAUUUAUUGAACUUUGUCUUUCUUUGUCUUGGUCUCAACAAUACAGAUGAUUGUACUUACUAGUAUCAAUAAUCGACUACAAACCCUGAUAACACUCCAUGUGACUUUUGUAAACAGCAUUAUGAUUACAUUAGCAAGCGAUGUUAGGUUUUUUCAUUAAUGCAUUUGGAACACUGAUACAAUUCAUUAGCUCAAUAUUUCAAAAAUGUUCUCUGUAUGUUGUGAAACUAGUUGAAUAGAAGCUACAUGUUGAUUUUUGUUUUUUUUAAAUUCUGCUAAAUGAACAUUUACAGCAGGAUUUUUAUGUGACAUAUCCUAUAACUAAAAUAAACUUAAACUAACUCGGCAACAGUGUUUACUCCUACCGAAAAAACAAUAGCUCAGGUCACUUGGUGUCCAGGGUAAGACUAUAAGCUCCCACAGGGGAGUCUUGAGAGGGUAUUAAGAAAAAAAAUGAAAAAGAAAUUUAAAGACUUCUAAUUAUAUAACACAAUAUUCUUCUUCUUUUUUUCUUUGCAUAUCUAUUUACAUAUUUUUGGAAUUUAAUUUUCAAGUGAUGUUAAAUCAUUGAAACAAGUUUUUUGUUUUUUUUUCGAAAAAGUUUUCAAGUUGCUUGUAUAAGAAAAAUUCCCCCUCGAUCUAGCAAAUGGGUUAUGAGAGAGCACUGUUUCUUCAGAGAGUCAAAAAUUCAUUCCCCUCGUGUCUGAAAAACAGUUUUUCUCAUAGUAGGUAGGUAAGAAGGGUUAAUACACAUGUCAAAUGGAAUCUAAUAAUGAAGGAGACAGCACUGGUCAAUACUAUUAUGCUAAGGAUAUUUCAGAUGUACAUAUAGUACGCAAACGUUUGUAAUUGGCAUGAUUGUAAGAUUAUCUUCAUGUCUUAAUUUUGUUGUGGAUCCUUUUUUUUUAAUGCAAGCAUGUUCAACAUAACAAUGUAAGAUGAAGAAAUUUGACAGUUCUGAUAUAAGAAAGUUGAAAAGAAUGGCAUUAGCAGAGACAUUUUGAAAUGUCUUCUUCAAAAAGUUUGUAUUUCAUUAUUGUUGCAGAAGCCUCUUACGAAGAUAAUGUAUAUUUUAAAGGGUCCUAUUUAAAAGAUGAAACAUCUCUAAUUUAAUUUAUUUUUUUUAACUUUUAUCAUUUGAGUUGGUGAAUAUUUCAACUCCACAUCCCACUGUUACACCCACCGAGCCCCACAGUUUGAGAUACGCCGCUUUACUAUUACAUUUUACCUUUUCAUUGUGAAUACUUUUGGUAAGUCACAAAAUUAUUAUUUGGCAUAAAGCUCAUCUAGAACAGUUGUAGUUAACAAAUAAUAGACCAGUGUUUCAAGAGCGACAAGAAGACAAUGUGGCUUAGCUGCACCUUAAAUUCCAUUGUAAUAAAUAGUUGUAUCCAAACAAAUCUAAAAUCUGAAUGGGACUUUCAUACUAAUAAAAUUAUUAAUUAUAUAACGGAAACUUUCAAACAAAACAUUGACUGGCAUUCAGUAAAGGCGAAGUGUUUUAACUACUAUUAUGUAUCCCAUUGUUGUAAUAUUUGUAAGACUAGUUAAACAGACAUUCCACUUUUUUAAAGAUUUUUUAUUAUACUUUAUUUUUAGAAAUAUGUUGUUGUUUUUUUAAUAUUUUUUUUAAAUUAACACUUUGCUUUUUCUGCUAAUAAGCAAUAUAUUAGUGAUGCAUUCAUUCUUUUUUUUUAAGGCUGUUGAUUAUUUUUAAUAUAUGUUUUUAUUUUUGUAUUAAUUUAUAUUUUAUCAUUGAUUUUUUAAUCAUAAUGAAUGUUACACAUGAUUUUCUUGUAAAGUAUAGAUUGUAUAAAAAUAUUACGAAAUUCU